UCCUUUUCCCAUCUGGUGGGAGGUGGUGGGACAGCAGUUCUCAGAAAUAGGAGGCAACUGGACAGCUCGUCCAGUUGCUCUCUCUCCGUCCUUCAGCUGCUGAAUCUCCUUCCUCUGACUCUCAGCCUGUCUGCUGGAUUAUUGCCCUUCUCCUGCUGUUCUUCACAUUGGAAUGACAUCCUCCUGAACUGAGGCUGCUGUAAUGAGAGCCUCUAUCCUUGGAUCAGUUUGUGCUCUCCUCUUGCUCCUGCGGGAGCCCGGAUGCCGGGGAGAUGAGGUUACAACCAGCACAGUGAACCCAUGCUGUUACCUCCCAUGUCAGCACUGGAGCAUCUGUGUGCGCCAUGGCGAGGACAAGUAUGAGUGUGACUGCACUCACACCGGAUACUACGGAGAAAACUGCACCGUCCCUGAACUUUGGACCCGGGUGCGUCGGUUCCUCAGGCCCAGUCCAGAUGUGGUGCACUACAUUCUUACCCAUUUCCAGUGGCUGUGGGACAUCAUCAACAACACGUUCUUACGGAACGUCCUCAUGCGGCUGGUUCUGACGGUGAGGUCCAGCCUGAUCCCCAGUCCUCCCACUUUCAAUUCAAAAUAUAACUACCUCAGCUGGGAGUCCUACUCCAACCUCAGCUACUACACCAGGAUCCUGCCCCCUAUUCCUGAGGACUGCCCCACGCCCCUAGGGGUCAAAGGCAAAAAUGGCCUCCCUGACCCUGAGGUUUUGGUUGAGAAGCUGCUGAAAAGAAGGACAUUCAGGCCUGACCCUCAGGGCUCCAAUAUCAUGUUUGCUUUCUUCGCUCAGCACUUCACCCACCAGUUCUUCAAGACCUACAACCGCAUGGGUCUGGGCUUCACCAAGGCUCUGUCACACGGGGUGGAUGCGGGCCACGUUUAUGGAGACAACCUGGAACGUCAGCACAACCUCCGGCUUUUCAAAGAUGGAAAACUGAAAUAUCAGUUGAUCGAUGGAGAAAUGUUCCCUCCCUCUGUAGUUGAUGCUCCCAUCAGGAUGAGCUACCCUCCCGGGGUCCCGGCGGAGAGACAGAUGGCCAUUGGUCAGGAGGUGUUCGGGCUCCUUCCCGGUUUGGGUUUGUACGCCACACUGUGGCUCAGAGAGCACAACAGAGUCUGUGACAUCCUGAAAGCAGAGCAUCCUACCUGGGACGAUGAGCAGCUUUUCCAGACGGCCCGCCUUAUCAUCAUCGGCGAGACCAUAAGGAUUGUGAUAGAGGAGUACGUGCAGCACCUGAGCGGCUACCUGCUGCAGCUCAAGUUCGAUCCCACCAUGCUCUUCCACUCCCACUUCCAGUACGCGAACCGGAUCGCGUUGGAAUUCAGCCAGCUCUACCACUGGCACCCGCUGAUGCCCGACACCUUCCACAUCAACGGAGACGAGUUGACGUACGCGCAGUUCCUCUUCAACACUUCUGUCCUGACGCACUACGGCGUGGAGAAACUGGUUGAUGCCUUCUCUCGGCAAGCUGCCGGCCAGAUUGGUGGAGGCCACAACAUGAACACAAUCAUCUCCAAAGUCGCCGUGGGAACGAUAAAGGAGUCUCGCGAGCUCCGGAUCCAGCCUUUCAACGAGUACAGGAAGCGUUUUAACCUCGAGCCAUACACAUCAUUCAGAGACUUCACCGAUAACGAAGAGAUAGCCAGCACCCUAGAGGAGCUCUAUGGGGACAUCGACACUCUUGAAUUUUACCCCGGGUUACUGCUGGAGAGGACUCGACCAGGGGCGAUAUUUGGAGAAAGCAUGGUGGAAAUGGGUGCCCCCUUUUCCCUCAAAGGCCUCCUGGGUAACCCCAUAUGUUCCCCAGGAUACUGGAAGCCCAGCACAUUCGGAGGCAAAGUCGGCUUCGACAUUGUGAACUCGGCCACUCUGAAGAAGCUGGUGUGCCUGAACUCCCGGACGUGUCCCUACGUGGCGUUCAAUGUUCCAGCAGAGGAGAAACCAGCCAGGAAAGAACGAAGCUCUGAGCUAUGACCAAGUGCAGAUCCCCGGGGGGGGCCAAAGGGAGUCAUCAACGACUGGAGGAAGUACAAGCAGCUGGAGGUGGAACAGAAACAGGAGCAGAAGAAAGAGUUAUAUUCAAUGAUAAAUGAACCAUCCUCUUCUCGGCUUUGUCUCGCUCCACAGAUGACCAUGCAGGAGUACAACAUGCUCCAGGAGGACGAGGACGAUGAAGACUUCCUCCGGCAGUACCGCAUGCAGCGCAUCGAAGAGAUGCGCCGCCAGCUCUGCCGCGGGAAGCGCUUCGAGCGGGUGCAGGAGCUCGGCGGCGGCGAGGAGUUCCUGGAGGCGCUGGACAAGGAGGACAAGAGCACGUUGAUCAUGAUCCACAUCUACGAGCCGGAGAUCCCGGGCUGCGACGCCAUGAGCGGCAGCCUGCUGUGCCUGGCGCACGAGUACCCUCUGGUGAAGUUCUGCUGCGUGCGCAGCUCGGCCAUCAGCAUCAGCGCGCUGUUCAGGGAGAGCGCUCUGCCCGCGCUGCUCGUCUACAAAGGAGGGGACCUGAUCGGUAACUUCGUGCGGCUCACCGAUCAGCUCGGGGAGGACUUCUUCGCCGUGGACCUGGAGGCGCUCCUGCAGGAGUACGGCCUGCUGCCGGAGAAGCCCGCCAUGGUCCCAAAGACACUGCGCAACGGAGCCAUCAUUCAGAGCAACGCAAGCGACGAGGACUCGGACCUUGACAUAGACUAAACCUCCAAAUAUCUGAUACUCUGCUUGGUAAAGCCGCACACCCAGUCUGCAUGGACCAUGUAUAUUUAUUUAUGUGAAGCCCUUGUUAGAGAUUCUGCCCUGACCUCACAGCACCAAAGCUAAAAAUAAAAGAAGCAGGAGAAGUCAUUCACUUCAUGUCAUUCCAUUCUGAAUAUUUGGAUGAGGGUAAAUGUCACUUAUGAUCAUUGGUCAAAACACAACAGGAGUUCUGCUGUUGCUGUACAUACGGUUCACUUCUUUCCUCAAGCUCUGUCGACUGUUUUUGUUUUGUGUUCAACACAUUCCAUUGCGUUCCUCGUGUCUUAUCAUCCAUGUUUCACUCUUGUGAAUAUCAAACCUUCACCUCCAGACUGACCUUUUUAGUUUUGUAACUUUUAUAUGUGCUGUACCCUCAAAUAAACUGCAGCGUGUUUCAAAUCA